CUAGGUUCAACUUUAUGUAGGACUUCGUUGUCAGAGGGAUGAAUAUGGCCUAGUUGUCGAUAAAAGAAUCUUCAUAGUUCAGAUUCAAUCAUGGAUGACCAAAACAUCCCAGAUCCUGACUUGCUGUUUUCCUCAGAGGACGAGAAGACAUUUGGAUCAGAGUCAGAGCUGCCUUCUCUGCCUUUGCCAGAUCUCAAUCAUACAUUACAGAGAUAUCUAGAGUCAGUAAAACCACAUGUAACAGAUGAGGAGUAUAGACAAACAGAAUUCAUUGCUCAACAGUUUGCCUCUGGUGUCGGAAAGGAGCUUCACAAAAAACUAGAGGAGAAAGCUCAUAGUGAGAGAAACUGGUUAGAGAAAUGGUGGGAGGAGAAGGGAUAUCUAGAAUUAGGUAUUCCCCUGGCCCCCUUCAUGAACCUGAUUGGUAUAGGCCCCUAUUACAAUCAUUACUGGACCCCCAAGCCAGGGACUCAGUUAGAAAGGGCGGGAAUGGUACUCCAUUAUGACACCAAGUUCUGGCAGUUCAUCAGAAGGGAGACUCUGAAAGUGGAAGUAGACAAUAAAGGGAGAAAACUCUGUAUGAACCAGUUUAGGAGAGCCUUCUCCACCUGUAGAAUACCAGGGGUUUUCAGAGAUCAACUGAUUUCUUACCUCAAGACAGAAUCUGAGGGACCCACCCCCCUUCAUGCUGUGGUGCUCUACAAGGGGCGGUUCUUCUGCUUCGAUGUUGUGGACCAGAAUGAGGAACCACUCAGACCCCCCGAGAUACAGCGUCAGCUGACCUUGAUUAAAGACCGGUGUGAGAGGGAACCCCCAGGCGUAGGACUAGGGGCUCUUACAGGGGAAACAAGGAAGAAAUGGGCAGAGAUCAGAAGUCGGCUUUGUGCUUUGCAUCCAGAGAACUUUCACAAUCUUAAGAAAAUUGAGACCAGUAUAUUUACCAUCACACUUGAUGAUUAUGAGCCGAAAGACAACUCAGAGUUAUUUACUUACUCAGGGGGAGGGACCAAUUCCAGAGACAGAUGGUUUGAUAAAUGUGUCAACCAUAUCUUCUAUAAAAAUGGCAUGUGUGCAUGCAACUGUGAUCAUGCUCCUUUUGACGGGAUGGUCAUGGUGACAAGUACUUACUAUAUUGACCUUAAUGUGAGAAGGUCAAAGGGCAAGUGGCAGGGUUCUAUGGAAAUUAGAGACCUACCAAAACCAACGGAAUUAAAAUUCCAUGUUGACAAUGUCAUUAUUGAGGCCGUUCUUGCAGCUGAGAAAUUCUUCUUAGCUAAUGCAAGUGCCCUUUCAUGUACAACAUUUAAAUAUACAAGAUAUGGCAAGAAAAAGUUACGGAAAUACAAACAUCACCCUGAUACCCAUGUACAACUGGCUCUGCAAUAUGCUUACUACAAAACACACAACAAACCAGCUCCAGUGUAUGAGACUGCCACCACCAGGAGAUUUUACCACAGUCGAACAGAAACUUUACGAUCGUGUACUGUAGAGGCAGUAGAAUUCUGUAAAGCCAUGUGUGAUCCUAAGGCUUCAGUUCAAGAACAAAAGUUUGCAUACACAAAAGCAGCACAUAAACAUAACAAGUUAAUGGAUGAAGCAAAAGAACUGAAAGGAUGUGACAGACAUUUGCUUGGUUUGGCAACAAUAGCUGAGGAACUAGGCAUACCAAAACCACUUCUGUUCCAAGAUAAAUCAUUCACAAAAAGUGGCGGGGGAGGAAAUUUUGAGUUAUCCACUAGUUUUAUAGGUUACACUUCCGUGUUUGGGGGCGUGGCUGCAAUGACCAAUGAUGGAUAUGGCUGUUUCUAUCACAUGGAACAAAACUACAUUGAGAUGGUAGUAACAACAUGGAGAACUAGUAAGAUUGCAAGCUCAGAGAAAUUUGCUCAAAUCAUUCAGGAAUGUUUGGACGACUUGGAUGGAUUGGUGUUAUCAGAUACACCAAUGACGGCUAAACUUUGAUACUGUCAAACAACAAUUGACAUUGGCAAUAUUUUUAAACUUUUUGUUUUUUUUUAAUUGUUAUGAAAAAACGGGAAAAAAAUUACUUUUUAAUAAUAUUGAAGAAUAAUCUAUGUUAAUUAUUUGUGGCCAAAGGUGGAUUACAAGUCCAACAGAUAAAACAAUGACUUCAAACUACCUCUAACUGUUAUGAAGAUAGAAAAAUCCUUAAUAUGUAUCUGUUGAAAGUAACUGUUAAAAGUAAAAUGAGAAAAACAAUCCUGUGAUUUUUAAUAAAAAAUUGUUUUGUCUUGUCACAUUUCUUUUACUCUACUUCUGAUUCUACUUUUUCAUCUACAUUUAUUUUUAUUCAUUUUAUAUAACAAUACUUUUAUUGUGAGGAUAAUCUGUAACUUGCAGCCUUUUAAUGAAAAUUGUAAUUGUGUUCCAAAUGCAAAUGUUAAAAUGAAUGGUUAUCAUGCAGCAUCCGGUGAAAAUUAAAAUCUGUUCUUACUUCUGUAAUUUAUUAUGAUUCUGUAUUGAUUAAAAAUGCACUAUUUAUCACUCAUAUAUUAUUAAUUUAUAUAAUGAACACAUGAUGAAUGUAAACAUGAAUACAUAUCUUUUAAAAAAAAAUGAUCUAUAAAUUUUUAAGUUAUAUUAUUUUAUAUGAUUGUAGAUACAAUGAAUUACACAUGCACUUUGAUUCUUUUUAUUCUUUUAUCGACUUACUUAUAUAUUUUUAACUUGAAUGUUUUCUUUCUGAUCAGACAUGUAAUUUUGAUAUUAAUUGUAAGGCCUAGCAUAAGAUCAUUGGUUGAUUAGAGAUUAAUUGGGCAAUGCAAUAUCAGGAUGUAAAUUUUUAAACUUACCAUAUAAGCCCUAUUUAUGCAUAGAAUUAAAAUACAUCAAACUUCUUUUACAUGUAUUAUUAUGAUUUUAAAUAGACAUCUAUUGAUAGUUAAUAUAAAUUAAUUUUUCUUCAGCAAUUUCUCCAUGAACUGUAUCUUUAUAUUUGUCACAAAUGCUAUUUCAUUAAGGUAUAAAAUUUAGAAUUUCUAUUAUCAUUUUCUUGUUGGCAAUCAAAAGAAUCAUGGUGAAAAUAUAUUUACAUGUAUAUGGAAAGGUAGAGAUACUUAACACAUGAAGUACUGUGUUUGAAUUAUAAUAUUGUGCACAUAUCAAUGCAGGGUUUUACUUCUGUGUAUUACAGAGACCAAAAUAAAGCUCUUUCAUACUUUA